CCCAUUCCAAACAUCUGAUCUUUUGUACAAAAAGAAACCCCAAGAACCUUAUAUAAUCCCAAACCCCAAACAAAGCCGAGAGUAUUUAUUUCAAGAAACGGAUGAAACAAAUUGGAAGGAGAAAGCCGGUUUUGCUCCAUCAACGGAUUGGGGAAGACUUGUCUUUCCUUUUUAGUCGGGUUGAUGAUGAUAAACACUCAAGUCCUUGUGCUGAAAAGACAAUGGCUGAUCGGCACAACCCGCGAGGGAAGUUGCUGACUUGUCCUUCCUCUAAUACAUCUUUUCCGUUCAGUUUUACCCAAUCCUAAUCGCAUCACAUGGGAUCUUUUGCCAUAAACAUAAAACCAUUUGAGUGCUAACUACUAAGUCACUGAAUCCACAUGCUUAGCGUAUCCUAAUUUGUGCAUAUAUUAUGUUGUGCAUCAUCAAGUGCUAAACUGUGGUCUUUUGUGUCUCUGUAGAUAAAUUUCUUUUUUUGUGUGUUUGUUCAGGGGAAUAAGCUUCUUCUUUGAUUGUGUUAAUAUAUAUGGGAUGUUUCUGUUAAUCCCUAGCUAGUUCUAAUCAUACCUUUUGCUAAGUUUUUAAAUUUUUUGGAUAGCCUGUUUCAUUCUCCGUACGAUUAGCUUUAUGUUCAUAUAACCUGUCAUAAAGUUUUGAGAAAAUAAAUCUGAGAUACAUGCAUGUGAAGCUGUCUCUCUGGCUAAAACAUUUUGUUGUAACCAUUUUGAUAUAUAAAUAUAGACCACCCUCACGUCCAUUGCAUCACAACUCAGUUUUCAUAAGCAAAAAGGCAAUGGAAGAGUCACGAUCCAACAGAGAGCAAAGGAAGCAGACGAAGAAGAAAACGGGUCGUGGGUCAGGAUCCGGGUCGAUCCAGAUAAAGAUGAGGAAACUCCGAGUGCUUAUACCGGGUGGGCGAAGAUUGAACCAACCGGAUCUGCUUCUAACAAAGACUGCUGAUUAUAUUAUGCAUUUGGAGUUGAGGAUUAGGUUUCUCAAAGCCAUCUCCGAUAUCUACUCACUCUCUUAAAUUGAUUCUUGUUUUUUUUAUUCUUCAUCUUCUUUGAUUCUUCUGGUUAAAUCUAUACCAAUUGAUUUCUGUUUUAUAUCACAAACUGUACGUAGAAUAUUUAUUACUGUGUAUGGAGAUUCUCUUACGAUUUAGUGCUGAAGUUUAU